AUCAGAGGGGCAUUUCCGUAGAAAAGGUCGUCCCCGCUUCGAGUUCAAAAAAAUUCGAAGCCAAUCUCGAUCGAUCGCCGUCGAAGUGGAGCAGGAAGAAGACGGCGAACUCCUCGGCGACGUCGGGAAGAAAAAGAUCCCUGCUGCGCUUCAGGGUUGUUUUCUAGGGAUUUAGCUCGAUCCACAGAAGAGUGGUAUCGGGGCGUCUUGGGGAAAAUGGUGGGAUCUGCGACCAAGGGUCUGGCGGCGAGGCAGGCGCUGUCGUGCGUCAGUGACUCUCCCAACUCCGGAGGAGUGUGUGAGCUGGCGGCUGCUGCACAGAGCUCAGAUGCUGGAAGCACGGAUGGUAUCGUGUUCGGGUCGAGGGAGGACGUGGAGAGACUUUUGGCCGAGAAGAUGAAGGGCAAGAACAAGCACGACUACAAGGGGAAGAGCGAGAAAAUGAUCGAAUAUAUCAAAAAGCUUCGGAUUUGCAUCAGAAGGUACAUGGAGCUCAAUGAUGGGUACACUGAGGAGGUAGAGAAGCUUAGAUAUUCGUUGGAGACUGAAGAGAAAAGGCAUGAUGAGAUUGAGUUCCAGAUGAGGUCUAAGAUCAAAGAAUUGGAUGCAACCACAUGGGAGCUUCAAGGAAAAAAUUUAUUUUUGCAAGAGCAGAUCAAGAAGGAAGUAUCUGAUAAAUUGGUUGCUAUCGAAUCUCAUGAGAAUGAAAGGCGCACAAGAAUUGAAGUUGAGAAUUCCCUAGAAAGUGUAGCAGCAGAGUUUGAAAGAGUUACUCAAGAGAAGGAAUGUAUGAGUGACCAGUUAAAAAUAUUACAAGAAACUAAUAGAAGAUUACAAGAGUACAAUACCAGUUUGCAACAUUACAACAGUAAUCUUCAGAACGAGGCCAACAAAAAUGGUGAAACAAUCUCAAGGCUUCAGAAGGAAAAAAGUUCUCUAAUGGAAAACCUGGCUAGUACAAGGGACCAUACCAACUCACUGAAAAAUCAGUUGGAUGUGUCCAGGUCAUCUCAGCAAGACGCCAUUAAACAGAAUGAAGAGCUAAAGAAGGAUGUCAACUUCCUUAGAACUGAACUGCAGCUAGUACGUGAUGAGCGUGAUAAUUUAUUACCACAAGUGAAAAACUUGACUAUAGAAGUUGAUAAUUACAAGGAAUUUGCUGGCAAAUCAUCCAAAGAUUUGGAUAGUAUAUCCACAAAGAUUAUUGCUCUGGAGGAAACAUGUGCUUCACAAAGAGAACAAAUACUAUUGUUGCAGCAUCAGCUUGCUGCUUCUCGUGAUAUGCUUAAGAGAGCUGACUUGGCAACCAUUGAGACAAUGACAGAAUAUGAAGAUCAGAAGAGAAUUAUAAAGGAUUUGCAAGAUCGUCUUGCAGAUUCAGAAUGUCAGAUAGUUGAAGCUGAAAAAUUGCGAAAAAAGUUGCAUAACACCAUAUUGGAACUUAAAGGAAAUAUUCGAGUGUUUUGUAGAGUUCGCCCUCUUUUACCUCCUACUUGCUCAAAUGGCACAGAUGGAGCUGUUGUUUCUUAUCCAACAUCCCUCGAGUUUCUUGGGCGUGGUAUUGACUUGGCACAAAAUGCCCAGGUGUAUUCCUUUGCUUUUGACCAAGUGUUCAAUCAUGAAGCUUCACAAGAAGAUGUAUUUGUAGAAAUCUCACAGCUAGUUCAAAGUGCACUGGAUGGCUAUAAGGUUUGCAUAUUUGCAUAUGGGCAAACCGGUUCUGGGAAAACCUACACCAUGAUGGGCAAUCCUGAAUGUGCUGAGCAGAGUGGCCUUAUACCAAGGUCACUGGAGCAAAUAUUCCAAACUAGUCAAUCAUUAACAUGUCAAGGUUGGAAAUACAAAAUGCAAGCGUCUACUCUUGAAAUAUACAAUGAGACGAUUCGUGAUUUACUAUCUCCAAUUCGCGGUAGUAAUCCAGAAGCAAAUGGUACCAAGCAAUACACGAUCAAGCAUGAUUCAAACGGAAAUACAGUUGUAUCGGAUCUUACGAUAGUAGAUGUUUGCAGCAUGGAAGAAGUCUCAUUCCUCCUACAGCAAGCUGCGCAGAGCAGGUCUGUCGGCAGGACCCAAAUGAAUGAUCAAUCUUCAAGAAGCCACUUUGUCUUCACUCUAAGGAUCUUUGGUGUUAAUGAGGAUACCGAACAGCAGGUUCAAGGGGUGCUUAACUUAAUUGAUCUUGCGGGAAGUGAGCGCCUAGCUAAAAGUGGCUCUACCGGUGACCGCCUCAGGGAAACUCAGGCAAUCAACAAAAGUUUAUCAGCCUUAAGCGAUGUAAUAUAUGCGAUUGCGAAGAAAGAUGACCAUGUGCCUUUUAGGAACUCUAAGUUAACUUACCUUCUACAGCCGUGCCUCGGGGGGGAUUCAAAGACAUUAAUGUUUGUCAACAUUUCACCAGAGGCAUCAUCAGCUGGUGAAUCUCUUUGCUCACUUCGCUUUGCUGCCAGGGUCAAUUCGUGUGAGAUUGGCAUUCCUCGACGCCAAACACUUACAUACUCAUGAGAGAAAUGUUCAAAGCCUGCUAAUUGCUGCUACCGCCGUUACACGAUACGCAAUUCAAGUUCUAACAUUGUUUUUCUGCUCACUUGUAUAGUUUGGAACCAAACUUGCAUAUUGGAGUUGAAUCUGUAACUGGAAUUCAAAGUGCUGUUAUUUGUAGCAACGGGAGCUGUUUCGUGCUCACACCAUGUAUUUUAUUUUCGAUCGUUUUCACACAAACCUAUGAAGAGUUAAUUUGUGAAGAGUAGUGGUUUGAUCACAUGAAAUGAUCAGAUAAAUCUUUUCAU